AUGGCUUAUGUAUCACCUGUCGCGCACUCUACCUCCAUAUUCAAGGAUGAUCUCUUCAAGGGGAAGGUUCUGUUUUGCACAGGCGGAGGCUCUGGAAUAUGCAAGGCAAUGACAGAGACAAUGAUGCGUCACGGAGCAGACGCGUGCAUCGUAGGACGCAAACUCGACCGCCUUAAUGCGAGCGCAGGCGAACUCGCCAAAGCCACCGGGAAACGAUGUAUUGCCGCUCAGGGUGACGUGAGGAACCCCGAGCAGCUGAAGAGUGCUGUAGCGAAGACGAUGGAAGCGUUCGGUCGCAUUGAUUUCGUCAUUUGCGGCGAGUCCCUUCUGUUUGUGCCCGUUGUUGGCUGCUUGAAUUUGCGCGAACAGACCGUUGUCGAUAUUGAUACCAUUGGGACGUACAAUACCAUAAAGGCAACCAUUGCGUACGUGCGGGCAUCCAAAGGAUCUUAUAUUCAUGUCAGUGCCACUCUGCACUACAAAGCCACGCCUUUCCAGGUGCACGUUUCUGCCGCCAAAGCGGCAGUGGACGCCACUUCCGCUGUUCUUGCGGUUGAGGAAGGCCCACACGGUGUUCGGUCCAAUGUCAUUGCCCCUGGACCUAUAGGCGGAACUGAGGGUGUUGACCGUCUCCAAACCAAGGACAAACUGAAUGGUGGCAUAUCAUCUCGUAUCCCCCUCGGCCGUCUCGGGCACUUAAACGACAUUGCAAAUACCACGGUAUUCCUCUUCAGUGAUGCUGCCAGCUUUAUUACUGGUCAAGUGAUAGCUGUCGAUGGAGGAAGCGAGCCGUUGCGCACCGUCGGGCUGCCUUAUCCCCAGUGUGUACUAGACCCAGCAUCUGUCAAGGAUAUGAUCAAACCCCGGCUGUAA